AGAUUGAAUUAAGCCCGGUUCAUCAAAUGGUCCUAGACAUAUCAUGCGUGGAUAAGAAUUUAGACCUGAGGUUGAUGCUAUGCACCAAGAGUAUUGUCACUGACUUAACUGAUGAAGAAAUGCAAAGCCUUAGAAAUCUGAUUAAUUCAGCUGUUUAGAUCCAGGAGUGAAGGGUGGUUUGAGAUGGCCCCUAGGGAAGUCAAACUUGGGGGAUUGGUACCGUGUUAGUGGGGUUUGGCACACAAAAAUUAAGUUGUAUGAAAGCUCAUCCUUGAGGCUCAAGGUAAAAGAUGCUGAUCGAUUUAGUUUUGAGUCUUCUACUGGGGAGUCUACAAUGAGAUUACUCUGAAGUUGAAGGGAUUAGCGUCGGACAUACUGGAACAGAAGGUGGACGCUGAUACUCAUGUAUAAUAUGUUUAAGGACACCUUAGGGUUGAUAUGGGAUCAUUUCCUGUGUUGUGAGCAUUUCUUGACAUAAGCAACUCAUGCCAAGUUUACCUACUGUGAAAAAUGUUAAUACGUUAAUGUCAGUUAUCGGAAUAGCCCAUGUCCGUCUCCAAUGGUGGAACAUUUACUUGUUAAUAUUUGUUACAAAAUAUUUUUGCUGCUUCUUUCUUUUUUAAUCCUUGUAAGUGAUUAAAUAUGUACAAGUUUGGCGUUUCAACAAUGGAAUGCUUGGUAAAUCAUCCACAGAUUAUGUGUAUUUGUGUUGAAGAUACAUGCUGAUCAAGGAAAAUUGCUGAUGCGGAUGCUAGAAAUCUUCAAAAUAAAGAAAAGUAUAACUGCACUAGUUACAUAAAAAGAUACAGCCUUCCGUUUCUCUGCAAAAUUUGGAGUUGAAAGGACUCUCUUAAUUUUGUGCUUAUGCCCUUAGGACUCAUCUUACGGAAAACCAUUAACUAAUUCCCGUUAACGAAUUGAGUUAGACUGUUUACGUUGAAGAAGUGGGUCCAAAAUAUUCAGGAGGGAUCCUAUAAUUUGUUUUAAAUUAGGAAGUUUCUAUGUAAUUAUUAUGUCCAAUCUGCAAAAUCUGGAUGAAAUAUUUUUUUCCACAAAUCCAUGACCCACCAAGAACAGGGAAAGGGAAAAGCAAAAGGUCAUUUCAAUCUUUAAUGGUUCAUUUACUUUCUCAGAAGUAACUUUGACACCUUCUUGAAGAAGUUAGCUGGAUAGCGACAUCUCUCUUCUUGAUACGCAUAUACUUAUUAAGUGGGAAGAUCAGCCAAAAGUAAACAAGACUGCCUAGCCCUUGAAAUCCCUUAAAUCUAGACAAUUUGCAAUCUGGAAUACUGAUGUUGACUAGUUCAAGUGGCUGUUUAUUUCUAUUAGGCUCGUAAUGGCUGCAAGACACGAGCGACAUUCAAAGCAUUGGGAGAGGUCAUCCCCAGCUCAGAGGCAGCUUGAUCUUCAGUUCAAUAGACUUUCAAUUGAAUCGGAAAGGCCCUCCUCAACUCGAAGGGAAUUUGUUCCUCGGUACAAUAGACAUUCCAAUGAUUCGGAGAGGCCAUCUCCAGCUCCAAACAAUAGACAUUUUUGGUGGAGAUCGCCGAGACAUGAUGUACAAAAUAUUGGGGUCGUAAUGGCUGCAAGACAGGGGCAACAGUCUAAGCAUUGGGAGAGGUCAUCCCCAGCUCAAAGGCAGCUUGAUCCUCAGUUCAAUAGACUUUCAAUUGAAUCGGAAAGGCCCUCCUCAACUCGAAGGGAAUUUGUUCCUCGGAACAAUAGACAUUCUGAUGAUUCGGCGAGGCCAUCCCCACCUCCAAACAAUAGACAUUUUAUGUGGAGGUCGCCGAGAUAUGAUGUACAAAGUACUAGGAGUAUUGUAUACCCAGAACGCGCAGUUUUUAAAUGCCUUGCAACAGGUUUGGAAAAUGAUAAUCAUUUUCCUUCUUCUGUAUGUCUUAAGCCGAUUUCUUUAGAACCCAAAUAUGGACAAAAUCCCUCCUUUGUUUUUGUGAACAGUCAUCUGGGUAAAGGUAAGGAUGAAGAGGGAGGGAAUGUAUCCAGAAGACCGUGGGAAUAUGUCGCAGAAAAGGCAUGGCCAGAUUUACUGUCUUGUUUAGAAAAUGUGAGGAAGAAAAUGAAGUGUCAAGACCUGGAGGAAGUCAAUCCAAAAUUGGUUGCUAGGUUUGGCAAAAUUAUUUUUCAUGGGAAUGUUUCAAGGUUGUUCGACGAUGUCAGAAAAGGUCAGCUUUCUGAGACAACUUUGGAAAAAUUGAGUAAAUCAUUUUACACAAAUUUUCCUACUUCAUACACGGAAAAAAUUAUAAUGGAAGCUGUGCCAAAAAUUGGAAUUGAUUUUGAAGGGAAGAAGGAUAUAUACCAUGUCAGGUUAUCUGACAGCACACAAAAAGACUCAAUUAUAUCAUGCAAAUGUACUUUAAACAAUGAUAAAAAGCUUGAGCUCUAUAAGGUCAAACUAAUUUACCAACUUCGUCACAUGGUAAUAAACAUAUCAUGCCUUGAUAAGGUUGUUGAUUUAAGGCUGAUGCUUAGUGGCAAGAGGAUCUUAACAGCAUUGACUGAUAAUGAAUGGCAGAGGAUUAGCAAUCUGAUCGAUUCUGCAGUUGUGGAUCCGGCGAAGAAGGGUGGAUUCAGAUGGCCCCAGACAGCAUAUUCUCAGAGUAGUAGAUACAAGGUUGUUGGGAUUUGGCACACAAUAUCUGAAGUUUAUAAAAGCCCAUGGUUGUUGCUCGAGGUAAAAAGUGCUAAUCGAUAUAAUUUUGAGACUGCAACUGAGGAUGCUACAAGGGAGGUUUCUCUGAAAUUCAAGGGAAUAGUUUCGGAAUUACUGGCACAGAAGCGUGAAAGCGAUUCGAGCUAUAGUAUGUUUAAGGACACCUUAGGGAUGAUAUGGGAACAUUUCCUGUGUUGUGAGCAGUUCUUGACAACAACUGAUUAUAUUGAAGAAGAGGGAGGACAGAAAUAUAAGGAAAAAUUGCUACCAAAAAAGGUAUACCGAGUAAAGGUUAAAAGAGAAGAAGAUUGCUUGCUAAAUGAGGAUGUCAAUGCCAAAUCUUAGAUGUUUUAUGGUUUCUAGUUCCCCUUAGCCUGUGUAAUUAACUUAGAUAAACUGAGAUAUCAACCCAUAUGGUUGAUUUAGCCACUGCUAUGGCUAUAAUACGAUUAUGUGAUAGAGGAUAUUACAAGUUUUAUUAUUUUGAUUUACAAGUUUCACAUUGAUGUAUUGUUACAACAUUGUACCAUAGCAAAACUUAUUUGUAUUAUGUUGUAAAGUACGACAUCGAAAAAGUUGAUACAAAGACGAAGU